CUGCCCGGAUGUAGCGGGAGGAGGCGCCGCCGCCAUCUUUGCCCGGAGAGCAGCGAGAGCUGAUCGUGGCUGAGCCCCCCCGCCGCCGGACCAUCGGUCUCCAUCCGCCCCGCGUCGCCGCCCUCGCCCUCGCCCCACGGACAUGGACGACCGGGAGGACCUCGUCUACCAGGCUAAGCUGGCCGAGCAGGCCGAGCGCUACGAUGAAAUGGUUGAAUCAAUGAAGAAAGUGGCUGGAAUGGAUGUGGAGCUGACGGUCGAGGAAAGAAACUUGCUCUCUGUUGCAUAUAAAAAUGUGAUUGGUGCCCGAAGAGCCUCCUGGAGAAUAAUCAGUAGCAUUGAGCAGAAGGAAGAGAACAAAGGUGGGGAAGACAAAUUGAAGAUGAUCCGGGAGUAUCGGCAAAUGGUUGAGACUGAAUUGAAACUAAUCUGUUGUGAUAUUCUGGAUGUACUGGACAAGCACCUCAUUCCAGCGGCCAACACUGGUGAAUCGAAGGUUUUCUAUUAUAAAAUGAAAGGGGAUUACCACAGGUAUCUCGCCGAGUUUGCCACAGGAAAUGACCGAAAGGAAGCUGCCGAGAACAGCUUGGUGGCUUAUAAAGCUGCUAGUGAUAUUGCAAUGACAGAACUUCCUCCAACACAUCCCAUCCGCUUAGGACUUGCCCUCAACUUCUCUGUUUUCUACUAUGAAAUUCUUAAUUCUCCUGAUCGUGCCUGCAGGUUGGCGAAAGCCGCUUUUGAUGACGCAAUUGCAGAACUGGAUACGCUGAGCGAAGAAAGUUAUAAGGAUUCUACACUUAUCAUGCAGUUGUUACGUGAUAACCUGACACUAUGGACUUCAGACAUGCAGGGUGAUGGUGAGUAGCCCCGGCAGGUCCGGCCU